AAUCUGUUCUGUCAUAACACAACAAGACCAAAAUCAUCCUUUUGAGAACAGAGUCGAGAGAAAAGUAAGAUUUUAGACAAGUAAGCAAGAUACUGAAAACCGCUACGUUGACAAAGUUUGUUUUAUAAUGGCAGAGAAGAGGAAAACUAAAAAGCGAAAAGAGAAAAGAAAGGAGUUUGGUGAAGCGACUGAGUCGGAGAAGCCGACCAGCGAAGAAUAUGCGGUGGCCAAGUGGCUGAAGGCCAAUGUGCCAACUAAAAAGACCAAGUUCUUGAACCAUCAUGUCGAAUAUUUUACAGGCACAAGGGCAGUCGACGCUUUGCUGACAUCAAAAUGGGCGACGGGGAAGAAUCCUAUAUUCACGACGCGUCUCGAAGUCACCGACUUUCUUCACCAAAUGCUCCUACAUAAGUUAUUCCACAGAGCUAAGAAGAUACCCGUCAGUGAACAAGAAUUAAAAGGCAAGUCUAAGAAAAAGGAGGCAGAGAAAAGCAAGAGUGGAGAUGAGAAAGAUCAAGCCAGCGCUUGCGAGGGAAAGGAUACAAAAGAGAAAGACAAGGAGAAGGAGAAAGAGAAGAAGAAGCGUAAAAUAAGGCUGGAGAUGCACAUGGAGCAGAUGUUCCUGGACACCGCGGACGCGUACGUCUGGAUCUACGACCCGAUGCCCUGGUACUACUGGCUGUGCGGAGCGCUCGUUGUCUUUGGCACCAUCGGAGUCUGCAUGUUCCCGCUCUGGCCCGCCACUGUCAGGAAGGGUGUAUACUACCUGAGUAUAGCAGCCGCAGCGUUUCUGGUGAUGAUAAUAGCGCUGGCUGUGCUGCGUGUGGUGGUCUUCUGCCUUGUGUGGCUGCUCACGCUCUCCCGGCAUCAUCUCUGGCUGCUGCCCAACCUCACCGAGGAUGUUGGCUUCUUUGCUUCCUUCUGGCCGCUUUAUAAGUAUGAAUACCGCGGGCCUGGUUCCGAGAGUGAUAAGUCAUCAAAGAGCAAGAAGAAGCGCAAGAAAGACAAGGUGUCUGAUGAUGAGGAGGAGAAGACGCCCCUCCUCACAGAGGAACCUCCUCCCGCAGCUCCUGUGGUAGAGGAGACCUUACCCAAGGAGGAGGAGGAACCCAAAGAAGAGAUCGCGGAAGCUGCUUCCGCGGAUAAACUAUCGGAGUCAGAAUCUGAGAACAGUCAGCGUUCCUCCACUGACCGGGACUUCGAGAUGGUGGAGCCCGGAGACAUCGAGGGCGGGGACACGCCCCCCGGGGAACACGCCCCACACUCUUAGGACUACGCCCCAUAAAGGCCCAGAUUUACAUUUCUCCAAUAACCAACUACCUUAGCGUCUUAAUAUCUGUUACGCAAGGCUCGUAUUGGAAAAUGGAUCUUAUAAUUAGGGUUUUAUCUCUAAAAACCCAAAAAUUCUAUAUUCUAGUUGAUUAAAUUUAAUCUAUAUUUAAAAAAAACUAGGAUUUCAUAUGAAAUUACGCACCAGAAUCGUAUAGGCCGUUUUAUAAAUUGAUGGAAAUGUAUAGAAAUAUGUUUCAAUUUAAAAAUAAAUCAUUUUUAAUAUAAAAAUAUAA